AUGAUGACGAUGACAGCAGCUUCGGCCACGAUAUCCACAUCCGCAUCGAUAACCAAUUCGGCAUCGACGGAUUGCAGCAGCAGCAUGCAGGGAUCGACGACCAGUUCAGCGUCCAGCGAUGUAAUGACCUUGACGACUACGGCGGCCUCCUCGUGGUGCGCCAUUCCGGCGAGCUCUCGCCUCCGGGUUCUUCGCCUUGUGAGACCGCAUCAAAGACGUCUUCUGGUUGGCGGACCGGAAAGGGGCAGCACCUAUGGAUUCACGGUGCGUGGAGGACGGGAGCAUGGCACCGGAUUCUUUGUAUCCCACGUAGAGCACGGAGGAGAGGCACAGCUAAAGGGUCUGCGGAUUGGAGACCAGAUAUUGCGGAUCAAUGGGUUUCGUCUAGACGAUGCCGUGCACAAGGAGUUUAUCCAACUGGUAGCUGGGCAGGAUCGAGUAACCCUAAAAGUGCGAGGCGUAGGGAUGCUGCCUGUGAGGGACCAAGCAGAGGAGCGUUUGUCCUGGAGCGUGGUUAAGUUGCCCAGCGUAAGUGGUACUCCCUCAGAGAGUUCCUUCAAGGGUGAGAGACGUAGCGCCAGCAGAGACAUCAGUGUGGUCCUUCAUGUGGCUCCCAGGACAAAACUAGGACUGGGCAUUUGCAAGGGUCCCGAGUGGAAACCGGGCAUCUUUGUCCAGUUCACCAAGGAACGAAGCGUAGCGCGAGAGGCCGGACUACGACCUGGUGACCAAAUCCUCAGCGUCAACAGCAUCGACUUCUCGGAUGUCCUCUUCAGCGAGGCCGUGGCCGUGAUGAAAAGCAGCAGCAAACUGGACAUGGUGGUUCGCACGGCAGCCGGAUGUGACCUGUUUCCAGGGGAAUCCAGUGGUUACAAUAGCUCCGCAAGUUCGGUGACCGGAGAUCAGAGUCCUUGCUGGGCGGACGCCAAGUCCAAACGACUGACAGCAGUUAGGGAAGAAUCUGCAGGUGGAGGAGGUGCCCUAAACUCUGGAAAUACCAACUGGUCGCAGGGUGUCGAGGUACACAAGCAGAUGAACAAGACCAUCAUCAAGCUGACGGAGAAUGGAACAUCUAUAAAUAACACCUACAUAGCGAGUUCCGGUGGCAGUACCGUUUCCGGUUCCGGUUCAUCCGCUAGUGGAACUUCCGGUCGCAGUCAACAAUCGCAAUCGAAUCCAUCCCGCAAUGCAACCACCAUGAAACGAAGCCACCUAAGGCCAGUUUAUCAUCCAGGACUAGCAGGGGGACCAGGAUCAGGAUCAGAGCGAGUUAUCGCUGCACCUGCUCCACCGCCGCCGGCGAUCAAUGAAGGAGCUAGUGCCGGCGGAUCAGUAGGAAGCAGUCUCUCCAGUGCCAUAACCGAGGAACUCAAAAAGCGCAAAGAGAAGCAGCAGCAGCAGCAGCAGCAACAGCAGCAGCGCAGCAAUCGCGAUCGAGAUGGAAGUGGAAACGUGGAUCGUCAGCUGGCGGGGCACAAUGGGAAUGGAAAUGGAAACGGAGGCCACCGCAGCUCCGGCGGCCAAGUGUCGCAUCGCCAGCGGGCGAAUAUUGCUGGCGUGGCUGCAACAUUGCAGGGCAGCGAACGCAUCAGCAAUUUGGGUGGAGGAGGCGGUGGUGGAGGAGCAGGUGGAACAAGCGGAGCUGGUGGAGAUCAGCAUACGGCUUUAAUGGAUGAAUUCAAGCGGGCACAUCAGCGAAUGUUCAGGAACGGGUUUCAUGAGAGCGAGCACAAGUUGUCCAGUCUUGGCAAGAACUCUCUAGAGAGUAGAUCACACUGUGAACGGAAAAUGAGUUUGCUGCGCGUAAAAAAAAGAGAAGGAGUUGGUGGGGAGGGAUCAGAGUUUAUGCCCACCAUGCGACCCGUUAGCAUGGGUCGACCCCUAGUGACCAUGUCCACUUAUCAGGAACGCGGUGAAACGCUAAAGCGCACCUCGAUUAUGCCUGAUGAGAGCUGUUAUCGGAAUACCAGCAAUAGCAAUGGCUUUAGUAGCAACAGGAGCAGCAGCACCAACAUCAAUAGCAAUAGCAAUAGCAACACGAGCACGAUCAGCAAUAAUAAUCGCCUGCAGCCCCAGAACGGAAUAAGUUCGACGAAUGGGAAUGGAUCGCCGGAACUUCCGCCACCGCCACCACAGUUCGCCAAUCCCCAGCCAAAGCAGAUGCCGCCCCAACAGCUGAAGCUGAUGAGCCCCAAUGGAGCGACGAACGGAAAUGGAAGUGGGAGUGGACUGGGCAACGGCAGCUUGGCCAAAGUCAAGCAGCCGAUGUCGCCCAUUCGCAGUGCCAGCAUCAGUGUGGGCGGUUUCCGGCCACCAGUCACGCCACAGCCCGACUACGAUGCAGUUCAGCUGAGGUCCCCGUCAGGAACUGGAUUGGGAUCAUCCGGAUCAGGAUUAGCCACAAGUCAGCAGCAAAGGCGAACCCUGCGAUUGGGCACAGUGACCAUCGGGGAGUACGGGGAUCACAGAACGACAGGAAAGCGGGAAACGCUGCGAAAAAUGAAUGGAGAGUCGGGUUCCAAUGGGAUCCUGAAGAACGGGACUAAUCGGAGCAGCGCCAGCUUUAAUCACGGCUCCUCCCACCAGCCGGAAAAGUCCAUAAAGUUCGGCAACUGAUCGGGCAUAACUCGAUCAUAUAACAUUUGUGCAAUAUGCUCAAUGAUUAAGAAGGAGAAUCAAGAAGGAGAGUACAAAAUAUCGGACGUGCAGCGGCUUUCCAUAUGCAUAUAUUUACCAUAUCCAUUACUCGAUAUCAUUUUUUUUUUGUUUACAUCUAACGAUUAACGUAUUUUUUACGAUUUGUUGGAAAUAUUCUAUCACUAGUUGCUAUUAUUUAACAAACACUGUAAAUAAACCAUAGGAAAGUGUGUGUGUGUGUGUGUUUCCAAUAAAGCAUAUAUGUACCUUA